ACCCUAUUUUUAUUUUAUUUUUCUGUCAUAAUAACUCCUUUCACCUUGCUCUUCUUUUACGUCUGCUAUCAUCUAUCACCGUUUCCGUUUUGUUGAUCUGAACAUUAUUUAGGUUUAUCAUUUUUUAUUUAAUUAAUUAAUUCUACACAACGCUUCUUCUUUGCGUAGCGAAAAAGUAGCUUCUUGUGUUUUCUUUUGGAUUCAGAAACAAUCAAUGGCUUCCAAUAAAAACAUUCGAUGCCAUCACUGUGCAGGUCCUCUUUCUAAAGAGAUGGAAACUAGUAAAUGGACUGUUGCUCCCCUUAUUAGAGACAGCUUUUCUAUGAUUGGUUCUGCCGUUGGUGGCACUGCAAGUGCAUUCUAUGGAUUCAAUCAUGUUAUGCCAGUUGUCCAUAGAUAUGUAAAAGGACCGAUGUGGGUACAUUUUCUCGUUGGUACACCACCUGUGAUCGUAUUCUCCUCAGUAUGUGCAGGACUGGCAGGUGGGGCUGUUCCUGCUUUAGCACAACUUGUUUCUUCAUCUUACCAUGCAGCACAGUCAUCACCUCCUUCAGACGAUGAUAAGAUUCAGAAGUCAAGAACUUCAUCCACUCUCUAAUAUGAAUAGUAUCUAAUCUAUACACAUGCAUAUAUUGGCAUCUGCUACCAUAACCAUUUAUUCACUCUACAGUGUGCUGAGAGUUUGGUUUUUAUCUUGUAAAUACUGUUUUACAGCUUUAGUGCUUCGCUAUGUAAUUUCACCUCUCCUCAACUGGUACAAAGUGAAAUGCAUCAUCCAAUAUCUUAUAGUCUUGUUUA